GAAUCUCCGGGAUUCUGGAAGGAGAAACAGCCCCUCCUGGGCAAUGCUUCCGUUUCGCAGGCCAGGCGCGCUCCUUCGCUGGCAAGGCGGGAGAAGCGGGUUCCGAGCGCACCUCCGCGCGGUGUCGCCAUGGGAGGAGCCUGCUACCGCGUGGCGUCCGCCGUGCUGCUGCUCGUGAACUUGGAGAGGACCAGUUCCCUGCAGGCUGCCUGUAGCAGUUGUGCCGCUGGUACCUUCUGCAGGAGAGACGGAAGCCAGCUGUGCACACCCUGCCCCGCAAGCAGCUACUCCAGCACGGCCGGGCAGAGGGCCUGCCGCCUGUGCCGGGCGUGCGAAGGUCUUUUCAGGGUCAAGAAGGAAUGUUCCUCCACCGGCAACACGGAGUGUGAGUGCAUCUCGGGAUUCCGCUGCCUGGGGCCAGGCUGCUCCCAGUGUGAACCAGACUGCCAGCCAGGUCAAGAGUUCACCGGGGCAGGCUGUGCAGACUGCUCCUUUGGGACAUUUAAUGACCAGGGAAGUAACACCUGUCGACCCUGGACAAACUGCUCCUCGGAUGGAAAGUCUGUCCUUGUGAUGGGGACCCGGACCCGUGAUGUGAUCUGCGGCCCGGCCCUGGCCGUCUCCUCUCCAGGUCCCUCUCCACAGGGCCUCGCCGUCUUCGCGGUGCUGAUGGCAGCCACGGCACUGGCGCUGCUCUUCGUCUUCAUCCUCCGGCUCUCCGUGGUGAGGUGGAGCCGGAAGCCAUGCCUGCACAUCUUCAAACGACGACCGUUCAAGGCGCCAGCACGCACGGCCCAGGAGGAAGACGGCUGCAGCUGCGGCUUCCCGCAGGAGGAGGAGGGAGGGGGGCAUCUGUGA